AUGCCUAGGGUGUGGGAGUUAGAUGCCCGUCGUCUGGAUCACCUGGCAGUCUUCCCGAGCUCGACAAUGAGUUGGGGCACUGAACUUUGGGAUCAGUACGACAAUUUGUCGCUGCACACGCAGAAAGGAAUCGAUUUUCUUGAAAGAUAUGGACACUUUAUUAGGGAUCGGUGCAAAAUUGAGACAGAAUAUGCUGCUAAUUUAAGUCCCUGCCGAGCAUUCAAACUAGAACUCAACGAAGUAAAUGACCAAGCGGGUCAAAGAGAGGUCAUCGCUGAGAAUUUGACUGCCAAUGUUCUCAAAGAAUUAAAUAUCCUUGUGAAGGACUUCAAGGAAGACCGGAAGAAGUAUCUCCAAGAAGGCGCGAGACUCAUGUCCACUUUGACCGCACAGAUCCAAAGUCUUGAGCGAGCUCGAAAAGCUUACGAGAAGGCUUUUCGCGAAGCUGAGCGCGCUUUGGAGAAUUACCAGCGGGCUGACGCGGAUUUGAAUUUAUCUCGCGCUGAGGUCGAGAAGCAGAGGAUGAAUAUGACCUUGAAGACUCAGCAAAAGCGGGCUGUAGCGCCAAUAAUAUCGCAGUGUCUCGAAGGGAUCGAGAAGGCUGCGAACGAAGUUAAUGAAAAGGAAGACACACUCCUUGUGAUCGAGAGAUUCAAGAGCGGGUUCCAGCCUCCGGGAGAUUUUCCUUUUGAAGAUCUUUCGGUGGCCAAGUCCUACGACAGCAACACUCAGCUGUCCCAAACCGCGACCAUGCAGCCGAUCCACAACCACCUGACUGUUAAGGGGACAGUUUCUGGCGGGAAAAUCAAAAAACGCGUCGGGAUCUUCGGAAUCUUCAGCAGCAACAAGAACAAUGUACCUGGUUACGGUGACGGCGCGAAGGAGGACUGCAGCGACCUCCCGCCGAACCAGCGAAAAAAGCGGCUCCAGCAGCGGCUGGACGAGAUCCAGGCGAAAAUCGCGCAGGAAACUGCCGCGAGGGACGCGCUGAUGAAGAUGAAAGGAGUUUAUGAACAGAACCCCGCGUUAGGUGACCCCAUGAGCAUAGAGGGACAGUUGAACCAGUCGGGUCAAAAAUUGGAUAAGCUGGGGACUGAGCUGAUCAAGUUUCAGGGUUAUCUCGAUGAUGCCAUCAAAACUGGAGUCGGUUUGUCCAGUCACUCAGGAGGUGAAGAAAGCCUCUCCAGGUCGGCGUCGGAUUCCAGUGUGGGGAACGCACACGCUCAGGCGCACAAGCAUACGACGUCCCCGAGCACUCCUCAGCCCACCCACGAUUCCACGAAUAGCCCGGAGUCUGGUCUUGGUGCUUCAAGGACGUCACUUCCUGGGAGCAAUGCUGAGGAGUAUGACGUCGAUGAACUCGAUGCUCAGCCCCCGCUUGGGACCUGUCGCGCUCUCUAUCCUUUUGAUGGGACAUCCGAAGGAUCAAUCCCGAUGUACGACGGUGAGGAGCUCUACAUGAUAGAACUGGACCAAGGGGAUGGUUGGACGCGGGUGCGGCGAAUGUCCAAUCCCGUGGAAGGGUUCGUGCCGACUUCGUACAUAGAGUACCAGCUGUUCGACACCUAA